AUCUGCAGGUGUGGCCUGUCCUUACAGCUCCUCCCCUUUCCUGUAUGUCCGCAGUCUCUGGUCAUCCCCUGUAUUGUGUCCGCAGUCUCUGGUCCUCUCCUGUGCUGUGUCCGCAGUCUCUGGUCCUCUCCUGUGCUGUGUCCGCAGUCUCUGGUCCUCUCCUGUGCUGUGUCCGCAGUCUCUGGUCCUCUCCUGUGCUGUGUCCGCAGUCUCUGGUCCUCUCCUGUGCUGUGUCCGCAGUCUCUGGUCCUCUCCUGUGCUGUGUCCGCAGUCUCUGGUCCUCUCCUGUGCUGGGUCCGCAGUCUCUGGUCCUCUCCUGUGCUGUGUCCGCGGACUAUGGUCCUCUGCUGUGCUGUGUCCGCGGACUAUGGUCCUCUCCUGUGCUGUGUCCGCGGACUCUGGUCCUCUCCUGUGCUGUGUCCGCGGACUCUGGUCCUCUCCUGUGCUGUGUCCGCGGACUCUGGUCCUCUCCUGUGCUGUGUCCGCGGACUCUGGUC